CCAAGAGCAGUAGCAAGAAACGCAUUAACAAAAAACUAAAAAAAAAUACUAAAAUAAAAAAAGAUUAAUUAUAUUAGACGCGUGCGUGUUUGUGCAUACAUUAUAAUCGUUUUUUAAUGUUUUAACGCGAGUGGCAUACAAAAGUGAAAUGAAUACCAGUUAGAAAUGUGACUAAAACCACUUAACGAAUUUAUCCAUACACAAAGUAAAGAAAAGAAAAGAAAGAAUCAACAAAGGAAAACGCAAAGGAACCAUACGAGAAGGAACCAACAACAGCUCAAGGCGAACAGCAGCAACAGCGAUCGAGCUAAAAAGCAGUGCUUAACGGUUAACUGAGUUGAAGGAUCGAUUAGCAGCACGAUGAGCAUCAUCGAUAACGGUAAAUAUCGCCUGCGCAAGGAUUGGGCCAGCGCCUCCAUACCAUCAUUGGUCAACAUCGAUGAGCACGUGGACGGCGGCGAUGGCGGUGGCGGAGAGGCAGCUAACAAUAAUAUGAAUAUGACAGCUCCACUGCCACCACAGAAACCACCGCGUCGCAGCUCCCUGGCCCUGGGCCUCUUCUCCAGCAAGUCGGACAAGAGUCAAAAGCGACGCAGCUCCAUCGCUGUCUCGUUUCUGCGACGUGAUAGCAAUAAGAACUCUACCAAAGACUCCUAUGAAUCGGCUGUGCGCAGUGAGAAAUCUGAUGGCUCUGCCACGCCCACAAACAGUCCCGAGCUCGUCUAUAGCUCGGAGGAGAACAUACGUGCCAGCUCACCGAACGAGCCUGGUAAAUUGACCUAUUUCGAGGAUGGAACACAAUCCCGUGCCAUUGUACAGGGCAUGAAUCCGUAUGAUACGCCCAAUGAUCGACAACGGCGACGUCGCAGCUCGCUGCAGACGAAAUUGGAUAGGCACAGACGCAAGAAGAUGGACUACAUCAAUCAACGGAGCCUGGACUCCAAUAUGACAUACAGUGAAUCGCAAAGCGAUCUGACCAAUGAUAGUAUGGGGGCCAAUGGCGCCAAUGCCAGCGAUAUGACCGGCUAUCGUAAUGAUGAUGAUAAUGAUGAUGAGGACGACAUUGUCGAUCCCAAUCAUGUUGAGUAUUUUCCGCGCGAGAAACGACACUCCUGGUGGAACAUAUUUGUGCCCGAUAAUUUCAAGAACAGGUCACGUAGGGCUAGUCAAGAUGUUUCCAGUUUGUCGCGCAGCGUUGACAAUUUGGCGAUACCCGUGCGCAGGAGCAAAUCGCGCAGUGUGGAUCAUGGCCUUGCAGCGCCCUUUGAUUUGGAUUCGUUGCGUUCCAAAGUUGAGCAGCGUUUCGAGAGCGUUGACAAACUUUCAAGGCAAAAGUCUUCAUUGCCCACCAUACCCACCAUUUCCUAUACUGUGGGAAAUCGCGAUACCCUGACCUCGGUGGCGGCCCGCUUCGAUACGACACCAUCGGAGCUAACGCACUUGAACCGAUUGAACAGCUCGUUCAUAUAUCCCGGCCAGCAGCUGCUGGUGCCCGAUAAGACAGCCAAAGAUGACGCCUCCACCAGUUCCACGGGCACCAUUGAGGGCGCAGGCGGUGCCAGUGUCUCCGGCAAAUCGAGUCCAAUUGAACGCAAAUUGUCGAGCGAUGAGAGCAAGCAGGAGAAAGAUAUACUUGAGGGCCUGCGUCCAGGCUCCCCGAAGCCGGGACACAUUGAGCGCAUUGUGGGCAACAGCAGCAAUGCCGGCGACAAUAGCCAGGCGGAGGAGAAUGCCGACAAGAGCGAUGAUCCGGUGAUUACCCAACGUUUUCUUAAGAUCAAUGUACGCCAUAUUACCGACGGGCAAGGCGUUGUCGGUGGCGUUCUUUUGGUCACACGCAAUGCCGUCAUGUUCGAUCCGAACGUCAGCGAUCCGCUGGUCAUUGAGCAUGGCCCCGAGAGCUAUGGCGUUAUAGCGCCCAUGGAUCUGGUGGUAAAUGCCGCAAUCUUUCACGAUAUUGCGCACAUGCGUGUGGCCGGUGGAGCCGGUCCAAGUGCGGCUGCCUCGGGCAGCGAAACCGAGAAGCCCGAAAUUUAUUAUCCCAAACCAGUAUUAGUUGAGGAAGAUUCCAAAGAGUUGUCCGAGCAGCAGGCAGAUCUUGAGGCCAACAAGCAGCGCUUAGAGGCUGAAAUUGGAUCGCUGGAGAUCACCGAUGAUCAGGAAUCACUUUGUUCCAGCACUGGACGCGAUGGCGACGCCUUUCCCAAGGCCUUUGAGCGCGAACGUGUUGAGGAUACAUCAACGGAUGCCAAAGAUAGCGCUAAGACUGACGCUCAGGAUGACGAUGAGGAUAAGAAGACGUUGGGCCUGACAAAUACACGCAGCACGCUUGAGGAGCGACGCAAAAGUCUAUUAGAUCAUCACUGGGCCAUUCCCAGCAAAGAUCGCUAUUAUUUGUCUAAUUCCCGAAGAUCAUCGGAUGACGAGGCCGACAACGAGUCCAACCUAACGGUCGACAGCGGCUCUAGGGUCCAGGACCCACAGUCAUCGGCCAGCUCCACCAAGGGGGCCGUGACAGGUGCUGCUGCCGCUGCUGCUGGUGCUAGUGCAGCUGCAGCCGCGGCGCCAGCUCCUGCUGGGGCUGCUGUGCUGCCCGGCAUCGAUUUGGAGCACCUGGAACAGCUGUCGAAGCAGUCCUGCUACGACUCAGGCAUCGACAUACGCGAGCCCAUACCCACAAUACAGCCGAUACCAAAGAAAACAGUAUACAGCGAUGCGGACAUCGUGCUCAGCUCUGACUGGGUGCCGCCAAAGAACAUUUUGCCCACACACUUCAGCGAGUCGCCGCCGCGCAGCACCAUUUUUGGCCAAAGCCUCGACGCUGCCGGCGGCGGUGCACGCAAGAAGACCUCCAGCGUCAGCUUCAGCGUGGACGACGAGGCGGCACAGGCAGCGGCGGCAACGGCAGCUGCCUUGAGCAGCGACAAGCAGGCAGACAAAAAGAACAAGAUGCUCAAGCGUCUAUCAUAUCCCUUAACCUGGGUGGAGGGCCUCACUGGCGAGGGCGGUCCAUCGCCGGCACCCGGCGGCAGCUUAAACAAGUCGGCGGACACGGAAUCGGCCCCCAAUACGGGUGACUCCAACCAGAGCGUAUUUUCGAAAGUAUUCUCAAGCUCGCCCAUCACUCUGGUCUCAGAGCUGGGCGGCAAUCUAUUUUCGAAAACACCGUCCGAAGAAUCUGGUGGAUCACCAGUGCCGCCAUUGACACCGCACUCGACACAUUCCGAGGGUCAUAUGACCUAUGGGCGCUCCUCCAUUGGCACCUUCAUACGGCCGCACUCGUCGGAGGGCACAGCGUCCAGCACAAAGUUGAAGGAGCCGAAGCCGCUGCCGCCCAAGCUGGACUAUCGCUCCAUGGUCUCAAUGGAUGACAAGCCGGAAUUGUUUAUCAGCGUGGACAAGCUUAUACCGCGUCCAGCACGCGCCUGUUCUGACCCACCUUUGUAUUUCCGCCUGCGCAUGGGCAAGCCCAUUGGCAAGGCAAUACCGCAGGGCACCACGGUCAUGUCCUAUGGCAAAAACAAGCUGCGCGCCGAAUAUUGGUUUAGUGUGCCCAAAAAUCGCGUUGAUGAGCUCUAUCGUUUCAUAAACACCUGGGUGAAACACCUGUACGGUGAGCUGGACGAAGAGCAGAUAAAGGCGCGCGGCUUUGAGCUCAUCCAGGAGGAUACCGAAUGGACAAAGAGUGGCACCACCAAAGCUGGCGGCUAUGGCGGCAGCCAGGAUGGCGAGGAAAUCAGCGAUCUCACCCGCGAAUCCUGGGAGCUUAUAAAGGCGCCCUUCGCCAAGACCUACAAGAUCAUUAAAACGGCUUCGCAUGCCGCAUCGCAUGAUUUGGAAUUGUUGGGCGGCGAGGUGCUGUCUAUGAGCCAAGAUGAAUAUCGCAAGACCUCACUCUUUGCAACUAGUUCCUUCGACCUGGACUUCCCCAUACCAGAUCUAAUUGGCAAAACAGAGAUACUCACCGAGGAGCAUCGUGAGAAACUGUGCGCCCAUUUGCCGGCGCGCGCCGAGGGCUAUUCCUGGUCCCUGAUCUUUAGCACAUCCCAACAUGGUUUCGCCCUUAAUUCGCUAUACCGCAAAAUGGCGCGCCUGGAGAGUCCUGUUUUAAUUGUCAUAGAGGAUACGGAGCACAAUGUAUUUGGUGCUCUGACCUCUUGUGCGCUGCAUGUGUCCGAUCAUUUCUAUGGCACCGGCGAAUCCCUGCUUUACAAAUUUAACCCCAGCUUCAAAGUAUUCCAUUGGACUGGUGAGAAUAUGUACUUCAUCAAGGGCAACAUGGAGAGCCUGUCAAUUGGCGCUGGCGAUGGACGCUUUGGACUCUGGCUGGACGGAGAUCUGAACCAGGGCCGAUCACAGCAUUGCAGCACAUACGGCAAUGAGCCGUUAGCGCCACAAGAAGACUUUGUUAUCAAAACACUCGAAUGCUGGGCAUUUGUUUAAGUGAAUUUGUGUUGAGAACGCGUUCUCGAUGGGGAGCGAAGCCUACCUAUUUAAUUAAUUGAUAAUAUAAAAUAUAUAUAUAUAUGUAUGUGUACUACUACUACUAUAACAAACAACCUGAGAAUGAUAUCAAAAUCUAACGUGUGUCUAAACAAAUAAUAAUAAAUAUAAACAACAACAAAACAAAAGCAAAACGAAAAAUCAUAUAAUCGCAUAGAAACACAAAGACGAGAAAAAAUUUACACACGAAGAGCCUAACCUAAACUCCAGAAAAAAACACCCAAACAAAAAAAAAAUAAAUAAAUAAAUAAAAAAAAAAAGAAAAACAAUAACAAAUGUCUGUGAGCAAGAAGGAAAAUUGCUAUAUGCGUUGAAACGUAUUAAUUAUUUAGUUUUUAUAUUAUUAUAUAUUAUUAAACAAGAGGUAACUAAAUUAUGUAGUAGAUGUAAUCAGUGAGAAAAACAGAAAGCCGGCAAAGCG